AUGCCGAAGGCUGGAGAGAUGGCAUAUGGUUGUGCAUCUUGCGCCCAGCCAGGUGUUAACUUGCCAAUGAACUGGAAAGAGGACCCACAUCCCGAGGUCUUCACACGAUUUCUUUGUGUUGAUGGUAACUUCUCAGCUGAUCACCUGAAGCAACGAAAUGCCAUGGACGAUGUAUGGCUGACCAGUGGGGAAGGAAUGAUGACAGAGAAGGAGGCUUACAAGAAGUACCUGGCGCAGCCCACUGUUACUCGCCAGGUCAAAUCAACAUGCAGCAACCACCAGGCCAUCAACAAUGCAAGUCAGAAUCACGCAGGCUGUGAUGCAACUGGCAUUGCGGCAUUUGCCUGCCCCCGAUCAGGCGCCUUCAUUCCAGGCAGCGUUGUUGACUUUCAGAAGGGCAAGCGCCAGCUGAACAUCGACUAUGCUCUUUGUGAGGCGCUGAAGAACAUGGGACUGAAUGGUUUGGACGAUAUCAUGAUCAUAUAUGACAUGAUGUGUCAGUAUCAUGUUAAUCUCUGGGACAGGAUUGCUAACAAUCCAAAUCUUUCCAUCUCUGAGAAGGCUAAUUUGAUCAUGGGAAUUGGUUUAUUUCAUGUCCAUGGUCAUCAGGAUGAGUGCCUCUUCCGGUUGGCAACAUCAUUUAUUCCCGGAGCUGGAAUGAUGGACGAUGAUCUGGCCGAGUCAAAUUUCAGUGGCAGCGCGCCUGAUAUCAUGGUGGUCGCUGCCACAAAGGUUGCACAAGCCCAGGCAGCGGCGCUUGCUGCGGCUGAAGCUGUUGAACAUGUGAAACUAGCCUUGCUGUCAGCCAUGGGAGAAGAGCACCUUCAGGCUCAUGGAUUACAACAUUUUUUGUCCAAAAAAUAUCAGUUGCGCCAAGGGCAAGCGAACGAUGCUCUUCAAGGCGUCCGAGUGUCACUGGCGAAUUUGUCUUUUGAAUAUGGAAGAAAGCUUCAAAAAAUCAAAAAAAGUAAAGUCAAGAAAACAAGGGCAUGGGCGACGGUGCACGCUGUUGGGCGAACGCUUCAUCAUCAUCGCCAGAUUUACUCCUAUGCCAUCGAUGCCAUUUCAAGAUUGGGCGACCCAGAGAAGAAGAUAGGGCGCCAGUAUAAACCGCUCUUGAAGGAGGACAUGAAGGCAAAUACUGCGGUAGCAGACCCGAAUGCGCGAGGGCAAAGUAGGGCAAAGCCAGCCUGGUUUUGGAGUUCCAACUUGGCAGGCGAUAUGCAGGACAACGAACGGAUGGUAGAUUCAUCGCAUCAAUUGGCUUCGGGCCAGGGCCAGGUUUCACAGAUGGAGAGAAGAAUUCAACCUGUUGUCACAUGA